CCCAUAAGGCAAGAACAUCCAAACAGAAGAAACAUCCCGCUUCUCUCCCAAAAUUCAAAUUCACGACGCUCCCAAUUCCGGUAAGCUGAGAUCCCCAGAAAUGGCGAGAAGCGAAGCUACGCCUACUAGAUUAGGUCCCGUGAGGAGGCCGAUGCAAGACCUACCGAACAACCUCGGCGUCCUCCGUACAGGAAUCAGCGGCAAAACCGCCACCGACGGCGGCAACGUUGGAGUCCGAGUCUCCAAGUCAGAGAUGAACAACAAGGUCCCACGGCGAAGUGCUACUGUAGUUGAAGCAAGGAAAGACGACAGCGAAGACUGUCUUGAUCGUCUGCUGCACGUCCAUUCGGAUCUCGCUUCUCUCAAUCGUCAGAUUGAUGAACUCGUUGCCCGAGCAUUUAAGCUGAAAUCUAAUGGCGAAGAAGGAAGAAGAGAAAUCGAAUCAUUUUCUCAUUUCUUAUCCGAUACGCUUUCAUCCUUCAAGCCAUGGGUGUCAAGAUUUGAGAAGGCACUUGCCACUCCACCGUUGGAGCCUGAGAAUCAGCUCGAAAAGCAUCCGGUAGAGGAAACUGCUUCACCUGUAACUGAAGAGAGUUUAGAAGCUGAAAGUCCAGGGGAAAGUGAGAUGGACUUUUUGAUCUCUCCUUCUCCUCUAGUCUCAUGGCGAGCUGAUUGCAACAUCGACAGAACCCGGCAGCAGUUGUUUCUACUCACACCUCUUCCUAUGUCGAAAACAUUAUCGACCAAACGACUCCAGCAGUUGCUGCCUGCAACAGCAUUGGAAAAAAGCAUUGCUCCGGAUUCUACCGCGACAGAGCUGCUGCCAUCAUUUCUGGCGAUUUCUGGAGAUGACAAUGAUGAUUUGCUUGAAGGUGUGAAGAUAAACCCAACUCCAAGUAAGCCUUGUGGUUCUGUUCCCGCAGAAGGGAACAACAACAGCAGCAGCAGCAGCAGCAACAGUGAGAGUGGGUCAGUCUUUUCCACACCCAUGAUUUGGAACAAAGGCCGUCGCUCCAUGUUGGUCAUGACCCCAUGCUUAAAGACUUCCCCUCCAAAAUCUUGCCUUCUACUCGAACCCAUUGCCGAGGUUCCUCAUAAAACCAGUUACUUGACUCGGCAAUCGACUCCAUAUCCUGUUGGCCUACACUCCCAAGUAUGGGAAUCUGAAUCUUCUUCUGGAAGUGAAGCGUCCAAGGAUCUCAGGGUGAGGUAUCCUGAACUUUUGGGGAUUCAAUGGGCGGCCAAGUCAAGCAUAAAUGGGCAGAAAGAUUUGGAGAAGUCGCCAGAGUGGUCCUUUUCACCUCUGAAAACUUGUACCCUGUUGCCGCCAUCAGACCAGAUUUCAGUGGCUGAUGCCGAACCAUCUUCAGAUCAAGAGCUUGUAGGUAGCAGACGCUGUCAAGUGGAGAUUGAGAAGACUCCCGCAUGUAAAUUCCCUGAAAGCACGGUGAGAAGAGGAGGUAAGAAUCCCGGAGAGACCACUUUGAAGAGGGAGUUAUGGACCAAGUUUGAAGCAGUCACCACUUCUGGCCUUCGACUGAAUGCUUCGGCCAUUGUAAGGGGCUCACGGAAAGGGUUUCUGGAUAUGCUUGAUGAAGUUUCUUAUGAAGAGCGAACCCAGAGUUGAUACCAGUAAGUUGCAGACGACCAAACGAAACCAGCAGUGAAUCUAGUUGGGACUUGGUUGGUUCAGUGUACUCAGAUGUAUCUAGUUAGGGUCUUGGUUCGAUGUAGAAUCAUGUUGGAACAAUGGAGUUCGUAACUGUCUGCAUGUAACUCUACUUUUGGUUUGUUAAAAAUAUCUGCGAUCUUAAAAAUCGGUAGGUUAUUUUCAUGAUGCCAAGGUUCAUCACAUA